AUGGCGACAAUCGCUACAUUGGCACCGCCUGCGAAUGGCCGAGAGCACCGUCUGAGCGGUAGGCUGUCCGCCAUAGGUGCAGCUUUGGACGGGGCUGUGGAUGCAUUGACUAUGACGCCUGGAAGCCACAAUACUGGCAGGGUGCCGACGUUUCCAGACUUUGCCCUACCAGGUGCACAAACUGCCAGCGAGCUGGCAGAGCUCCGCGCGCGAGCAGAGGCGGCGCGAGCGACGCAAAGUGGAGGCAUGUCGGCACACCGGCGGCGGAUCAGCAGUGUGGCAAGUAGCCUUGAGGGCCUGCUCCCUGACAAUGAGGCCUCUGCCAUCGACUGGGAGCUCCGCUCAGAGGAGAAGGCACUGGAGAAGUUGCCCUGGACCCGGGGGCGAGCCUUUAGCUUCAUCGUGUCCAGCAUCAUCUUCCUCAACACAGUCUGGCUCGGACUCGAGACGGAUUUCUACGACGAGCGUAAUUAUGUGGACCAAGUGGACCCAUGGCGCAUCGUCAACUACAGCUUUGUUGGGUUUUUCGUCGUUGAGCUUGUCAUCCGAAUCUACUCCCGAUCCUGGUGGCCCUUCAUUGCAGAUAAUUGGAACAAGUUCGAUUUUGGACUGGUGUUACUGUCCUUACUUGACACUUUUCUGCUGGAGCAGAUCUCUGACAGUGCAGGUUCGUUGAGCUCGCUGCGGGUGCUGCGGGUGCUGCGGGUGGCGCGUGUUCUGAGACUGCUGCGCUUCUUCAAGCCGCUCUGGCUGCUGGUCAUAGGUGCAGUUGAUGCUAUGCGCGCUUUGCUGUGGGCCUGGGUGUUGAUCUCAAUCCUCAUCUACAUCUUCGCCAUCCUGCUUACCCGAACUGUGGGCUUUGCUCACCAGGGAGCUACUGACGAUGUUGACAAGUACUUCGGAAAUCUCCUAUACAGUUGCUUCACGCUCUUCCAGGUGAUGACACUCGAGGGCUGGCCAGACGUCGCACGCGCUGCUACGAAUGUCGAGCCCUGGGUGUGGAUCGUCUUCAUUGCCUUCCUGCUUAUUACCACCUUCUCCAUCAUGAACAUGAUCGUGUCUGUCAUUGUUGACAGCACGCUGGAAGCUGCCUUGGACCAGAAACUCCAAGCUAUGCGUGACCAGGAAUAUCAGACGUCAAUGGCUGCCGUGAAAGUUGACGAGGUCUUCCGACGUGCUGACGGAAAUGGGGAUGGCCACAUCACGAAGGAAGAGCUUAUGCAAGCUUUGCUCAAGCCGGACGUACGCCUCUACCUGCGGGAAGUUGGCAUUGACAUAACCAAUGCCGAGUUCAUCUUCGACGUCAUUGACUACGAUGGCUCUGGUGAGCUGGAAUACAAGGAGACAACUUAG